AUCCUUUGGUGAUGUAUGAGGUGGAGCUUCUAUAAGAGAUUUUUUCUAUAAGAAAAGUUUUUGCUCCGUUAUCCACACACACACACACACACACACUCUCACUCUCUCACACUCUCUCACUCUCUCUCUUGUUUAAAGCGUCUUAUCCGGUCGGCCAAGUCAUGUAUACCCCACUGCAAGGAAUGCAGCCCCCUGCAACGUGCGGGAUGCAGCAACCCCCCGUAAUGCAUGGAAUGCAUCAGCCCAUGUUAUAUGGAGCUCAGGUCCCGCCGAUCUCUAUGCCUGGAUACGAGGGAAUUGGUGCAGGUGGGUUUGUUCCUCCUCCACCUGUCCAACCAAUGCCAACUCCUGAUUCACAGCCAGCACAAGAAUGGAGUGUUCCUGCUCUUACCAACGAAGAAGCCAAAGAAGCUUUUUAUAACUUUGCAUCCAGCAACUGCUGUUAUUCAACUGGUCCAGCUAAAGAUGGAGUGAUCACCAAUAUGGAACAGUUCAACACCUACCGAUAUCGUCUGGAGACUUUCACGGAAUCCAGAAAAACGGAGUGGGCCUCCAAGCCAUAUGAGGGUCAGCCGGUGACCAACUUCACACAGAAUAUUCCUAAUCUGUGGGAAAUUCCGGUUAAACCCCCAAACAUGUUUACAAAUACUACUAAGGAUGUGGAAGUGCCCAACACAGCCUCAGUCAAGCCAUGUGACAAAUGCUCUGCCUCAGGACACUGUCAGUGUACCAAGUGUCAUGGAUCCAUGAAUGUACAGUGCAGUAUGUGCAACGGUAAUGGGAAAGCUGCCGAAGAACAAGUCUGUACAAAAUGCAAUGGCACAGGCAAAAUGAUGUGCCCUGAUUGUUCAGGUCGUGGAACCAUUGUAUGUGCUACCUGCAAAGGGAAACAGAAGCUGUUAAUGUACAUCAAGCUUGUUGUGGAAUGGAAAAACAACAUUGACGAUUAUGUAACAGAGCAGUCAAGUGGUCUGGAGAAAAAUGAUUUUGAGUCAGUCACUGGGAAGAAGCUCUUCAAAGACACCAAAUUCAUGGUGUAUCCCUUGAAUGGAUUUCCAGAACCUAAUUUGGCUCAAGCAUCUGAGAGAUUAGUCAGGGACCAUCACAGCAAAUUUUCCCAGACAUCACGCAUCCUACAGCAGCAACAAAGUAUUGAGCUGAUUCCCAUCACCAAAGUGCUGUACCGGUGGCAGGCAAAGGACUACUUUUACUUUGUUUAUGGUGUUGAGUUAAAGGUCAAAGCAAUUGACUAUCCAGCUACAUGCUGCUGCACUAUAAUUUAAAAAUGUAGCAAAAGCAUGAACUUCCUGGAUGAGUAGCAUUCUUGGUUAUUAUUAUAAUUAUCAUUUCAAUGAAAGGUUUGGUCAAAAUGUGUUUUGACAUGUUUUGUGUCUAAGUUUUACUUCUUAGGUUUUGCACUGGAGCUACAAGGCUAUUUCUUUAUUGAAUAUUAUGGAUAGAUAUCUUAAUAUUGGAAAAAGAGAUUUCUAUUAGUAUAUCAUCCAGGCCCGGCUCCAUGGGGGGCCAGAGUGGGCCUGGCCCACCCAAUCAGAGGCUUGGCCCACCCUGGCCCCGAACCACAUAACAGCCAAUCACAAAAUUGGUGCGAUAUUCAAUUCAGCUCGAGAUACGUUAUUUUCUCAUUUCUGCCCAACCCCCUUUUUUCCCCUCCUAGACAGACAGACUUGGCUCAUUCAUUCACAUUCGUCGGACAUGCUUAUAAAGCAAUAAACGACAGUCACAGUCACUUUCUUAGAACUGUUAGUGAACUUAAUUAACACACUAUAUAUAGGCUUAUAAAAUAUAACAUGUACAGAUUUCUUGUUCCGAAAGGACAAAAGAAAACAACUGUAGCUCUCCAGGACACAGCUACCACCUCCUCAUCCAUUUGCGGUAAUGAGGUCGGAGAAAUGGAUGAGUCGAGUUCAUCUGCAUCUUCCGAUAGUGUCAAAAGCACAAAUACACGCACUCAAAGAAGCAGCAAUUCUGUCCCGAAUGAUUUAAACAGGGCGAAUCCUUACCAGCCGGUUCUGAAAUCAUACCCCCGAACUCUUUUUGGAGGGAGAGAGAGAUGUUUUUCGGCCGCUUGGUAUCAGUCACGGCCGUGGCUUGAAUAUUCUGUAGAUCGCGAUGCAUGCUUUUGUUUUCCGUGUCGAGUGUUCGGUGUUGCUUUCUCUGAAAAUGACACGUUCGUUUCGACAGGUUUUCGAAACUGGAAAGCAGCAUUAGAACGUGACCGCGGUCUUCAAAAACAUGCGUGCAGCCAAGCUUAUUUACAAUCCUCGACCUCAUGGACAGAGUUUUACUGCCGAUCGGUGUCGGGGGAGACCGUAGCAUGUUUGCUCGGCCCCCAACAGAUAGAAAAGAAUCGCUAUUACUUAAAAAGCAUGGCAGGUGUUGUUAAGUUUUUAGCAGUCAACGAGCUUCCACUACGCGGGGAUUGUGAAACACGUGACAGUGAGGAAGAUUGUUUAAAUACACGUUGGAAAAAGAUAAAUACCUGGCUGACAUUACAUCAGGUAUUCCACAAAAUGCAAAGUACACUUCCAAAACCAUCCAGAAUGAAGUGAUUGAAAUUUUGGCAUCCAUGGUUCUGAAAAAAAUAAAACAGAAAUAUGACACUGCUGAUUCAGCUGCAUUCUGUUUGAAAAGUGAUGGCACAAGGGAUCGGUGCAACACUGAAAAUUUGUCCAUUAUAAUUCGUUUUGUGUGCAAUGGUGUGCCAGAGGAACAUCUCCAUUGGCUUGUUAGAACUCCAGCAGCUUGAUGCAGAUUACAGCACUACUGAAAUAUUACACCACUUGUCUGAAACAGGGUACAGUGCUGAUAAUAUAAUGAGCCAGUGUUAUGAUAGAGCAUCAGUGAUGAGUGGGGUACGAGGUGGAGUUCAGGCUUUAUUACAACAAAGGUUGGGCAGGCAUAUCCCCUACAUCCACUGCUAUAACCACCAGCUUCACCUCACUGUCAUACAUGCGAUUCAAAGUGAACCUUGUGCUAAAAGAUUCUUUGACUUGUCAGGCUCCCUGCACUCUUUUUUCAGGCAUCAUUUUGUCUCUCAGAGAUACAAUUGCCCGUAUCUCAGGAGACUGUUGGAAAUCCGCUGGACAAGUCAUUAUGAAGUCGCAAAAUGUGUGGUGGAUAAUGAGGAAGUCAUUCUUGACAUUCUUUUUAAGGUUUUCAAUGAUGGCAAUGCAUCAGUUGACCUUGCAAAAGAAUCAUCCGGGCUUCUCUCUCAGCUGAAGCUACGCCAUUGUUUUAAACUUGGCAAAUUUCUGAUACAUCUUCUCGCCAUUUUAAAACCAGCUAAUGCCAUCCGACAGUCUCACAAUGUUGAUUUGUGCAGUGCAGCUGAAGUUGUGCAGGGAUGUCUUAGUGCACUAAAAAAUCUCAGAGAAAAUGACAGUGAAUUUCAGCAGUACUGCGCUGACAUGUCUAUUGUUGAGCCCUCACCAAAACGUCUAAGGACUGUGAAUCCCUCCUAUGGUGACUCUGUCAUUUUUUCACCUUUAGGGCAAGAAGGGCAGUCAGGUUCUGAAUGUGCCACUGCAGCUCUAAGACGACAGAUGUUGAACCUACUAGAUACAGCUGUAUCAGAGAUAGAAAACAGGUUUUCCACAAAGAAUUUACAGCUGAUGCAAGCCCUCUCAGGUUUAAUGCCAAAAUCCAGUUGCUUGAACCUCUCUGUAGUCUUGCAGGGGUUGCAAAAACUGAACUCCAGAAUGAAAUUCUUGUUGCCAGACCAAUGCUGUCCAAAAAACUUCCAUCUGAUGCUGAAUGUUCUGCUGUUUGCAAACUCUUGCAGGAAUACAAAGAUGCAUUUUCAGGUCUUCAUAAAAUGUAUGUAUCUGCUAUGGUCAUGGGUGUCUCUACUGCUUCAUGUGAGAGCUCAUUCUCUACUUUGGCAAGAAUUUUGACACCAUUUCCCCGAACAAUGCUUCAAGAGAGAAAAAAAAACCUUGUGGCCCACCUUUCAUCUCAUAUCUGGAGCCAGGCCUGAUAUCAUCCCUGUAGCUCCAUCAUAACCAUUUAGAAAUUCAGAUGCCAAACAUGUCUUGGCUAACCAACAGCCUUUAGGUAUAAGUAAUCUAUGUAUAUUCUGUGAUUUAUCAUAACACUACAUAAUGCUACAUAAUGCUACAUAAUCUAAAACGAUAAUAUGUAAUUUCAUGAUAUUAAUGUAAGGGGCCAAAUGAUUGACAAAAAUGGACGUGUUGGUUCAGUGGAUAAGGUUGAAUGUGUUCAAUUGUAAGUUCAAAUGUUACCACUGAGUCACAGAUGGGCAUUCUGAUAGUGUAAAGUUAUUAAUGCUUUACUGCCCAAUGUAUUGUUUGGAAUGGAUUCUGUUCAUUUUAUGGUUGCUUUUGACUUAGGUGCCUGCUCUUUGUCUAAUGAAUGUGUCAUCCUCCAUAAGUAUGUAGCCAUGGAGCAAUAACCUUAACUUUAAAGUAUUCAUAACAGAGAACUAUUUAGUGAACUAAUACAUUUCUGCUCUAUAUCCGUAUGUAAUCCAAUAUAAUUAUCUAUUAUUAAUGAACUCAGCAUUUGGCCUAAUGCUUUCAUAUGAUAUCGAUUCAUGGCUUAAACUGCAGCUGAUUUUUCUCCUGAAAAAAGAAUGUAGCAGGCAUUAGUAGAUGUUCGUUAUUAAGCUUUUCAUUAGGUGGGUUUGAAAAUCAUCUACCAGAAAUCAGGUUUUCCAAAAUUCUCAGUUUACAAAGGUCAAAUAUCAAUACCUCAUGGCUAGCUGGUUGUACAACUGGUAUAUCUGUCUAUUAUUUUUUUUAUAUUAUACUACUAUGCUGUAUUUCUUUUUAAAAUAAAUAAUAUGUAAUCAGUCUAAGAGUUUUUAAAGUAAGUGGUUUGCUUCGGUUGUAUUGUUUUUUUAAUGUUAAAUCCUCAUCUGAACAUGUGCUGUAUGUAUGUGCUGCAUGUGUCUUACGGAUGAAACCACUUUCUCUUUAUACAUGAUUUAUAUAUAAAACUGUGGAAACAUAAUCAAGCUCUUAUCACUAAGAAAAUGAAAAAAUGAAUACCGACAAUAAAUAUGACCUGUCAAAGAUGA